AGUGUGUCUGAGGUUGUUUUAACGUGCGCAUUACAAGUGUUAUCAUUAUCAUCUAGUAGCUGAGACUUACACAAACUUCAGGACUGUUUGUUUUAAGCUGCGGUUGUUGUUUUUACUAUAAUAGAGAGGACUGUACACGUGUAUACAAGUUAUUAACACAUCUUAUUUUCUCUCAAAACUCCACACUGCUUGAGAUUGUUAUUCUACAACAAAUCCUAACCUAUCUUGAGACUUUUCAACCUAACCUAACAUAUUCUUAAACUCAAUCUAACAUUUUUCUCUCACAAAACUCCACUCCCAAAUCUCGAUUGUUGGAGAUUAUUUUAUCCUACAACAAACCUAACCUAACUUAAGACUCUCCAACCUAACCUAACAUAUUCUUCAACUCAAUCUAAUAUUUUUCUCUCACAAAACUCCACUCCCAAAUCUUGAUUGUAGGAGAUCAUUAUUCUACGACAAACUAGCCUAAUCUGAGACCUAACCUAACAUAUUCUUAAACCCAACCUGAAAUUUUCUAAAACAAUCUAGUUCCACUUUCUAACACAAACUCAUUGAUCUACAUCAAAAACCUAACCUAACCUGAGACUCUUCAACCUAACUUAACAUAUACUCCUACCCAAUCUUUUAUUUCUCAAAGAGUCUACAUUCACUUUUCAACACAAUCUCACUUGCAGUGAAUUCCAAACUUUUCCUAAAAUUUUUACUUUCUAAACGACAUUCACUAGCUCAACCUAACCUGUACAUCGUUAUUCAUGAAAUAACAAAAUACAGUUACUGAUAAAAUCAAUCUGAUUAUCCCCAAUCUGUGAAGUUCUUGGCUGUUUCCUUCUAAUCAGACUUGUACAUCAUUACCUGAGAGUGAAUCACAAAAAUAAUAAGCUACACACAGUUUCAUCAUUUUUUUCAAUUCAACAUUAGUGUUGUACCUAACCUGUCUUGGUUAUUCUACAACAACAAUAGCCUGAACAAGCUAGUUAUCAUUCUAAACUUGCAGGGUUCAAAACUCAACCUGACUGUGUCUUCUAAACAUUCCCUGAUAUCGUUCGUAACUCAGUCGCGAUGUUGCGGCAAACUAUAUCGAAGCUAGUUAGUCUAGCUCUGUUGAUAGGAGUGUCAGAAGCGUCGGGACCCAAGGUGCAAUCUGAGAAAAUCUAUCUACAGCGCAUGCGCACAUCGGAUGGUGAUUCGGACUCACAAGCUAGUGGCUACAUCUUCAGGAGCGACGGUAAUGGACCCGGAACCCUCAUUAGGAUUGGGAAGGAGGAUGGACCUUAUGGACAGUACUUGGUUGAAAAAGCUAUGAAAGAACUGCCAGAUGCCAUCUACAGAAACCCACAACCCAAAAGGAUACCAAGUAUCGAAGCCUACCAGCCACAAGCUCAACUGCCCGCUCAACUGAGUCCAGCUGAUGUCCUGCCCAUCUUCAACAAACCGGCACCAGCUCCCGUCAAAGAAUUCCCUCAAGAGAGUCCCCAGGAUUACUCGCAAGACUAUCCCCAAGUCCAGUUCCCUCAGGAUUACCCACAAGAGUACACCCAACAGGUGCAGACCCAGAAAUCCCAUCAGCAGGGGAUCCCUGUAAAGGAAUACAGCCACGAGUCAGCCCAUGCGCAUUCCUCAAGCUAUGAACACAACCCACCUCCAGUCAAACACCACAUGAGUUACGCUUUCAACGAUGUUUCCCCUCAGAACAGUUUUGAUGCUGCAGCACCUCAGAAUUCCUACGAUGUGUCUUCCCAGAAUAGUUACAGUGAUGUCUCACCAUACAAUGCAGCACCAGCAGCAUAUGAUGGUUCCCUGGAAGGUGGUGCAGUCUACUAUGAUGGUCAUGACCAUCACCAUCAUCCCAAGUCACACCAUUUCUCCAAGGGUGGAGGGUCAGACCAUCACUCCAGCCACCACUCCAGUCAUGGGAAGAAGGGCGAAAAAGGCUACAAGAACCAUCACGAUUUCCAUAAAGGUGACAAGGGUGGACACGGUAAGGAUUCUGAGUCAGGACAUUAUGAUAAAAGUUCAGGACACAAAAAGGAACACCAUUCCAAGGGAGGAAAGUAUGGAGAACAUCAUGCAGCUGAACAUGGUAAGAAGGGUGAGGAGCAUGGACAAAGUUCCCACCAUAAGAAAGGCCACAAAACCACCGGGUUCCAUAAUGUCUACCAUAAAGACGAGUACAAGAAGGAGCACCAUUUCUAUGAUGACGCACAUAAAGACGGACACCACAAGAAGUAUGGUGACCACCAUGAACACCACAACAAGAAGGAAGGUGCACACCAUAAGGGAGGUCAUAGUGAGUCAGGACACCAUAAGGAUCAUAAGGACCAUAAGGGCGCCUUCCAUAAGGGACACUACCAUCAUGCGGACUCAGGACAUAAGGACAAGUCAGGUCAUGAAAGCUAUCAUGAUAAGCAUAGUGAGUAUGCCAAAAAGGCUGGACAUAAGGAUGCCAAGGAGUACGGAUACAAGAAAGGCCAUCAUCGUUGAGAUAUUCAUAUUGUUUGUUGUUUACCGGAUCGAAUAAAUUAUUAUUUUCUACCAUUA